AAUGUGAAGUAGGUACCUGCCUCAUCUCCAUCACUUCAAUCCCAUCCUUUUCGAUGUUAACUACUUCCACCAAGUCAGUUUUUUUUAUCUUGGGGAACUAGUUCUAAAUGAAAAUAGAAAUAUUUUUUUAUCCAGGCAGUCGUGGUGAGUCUUCAACGAUGUACUGUCCUAAGCUUGCUUCGUGAAACUGUCUUUAUCCAAUGAAGAGUUGCGUGCAUGUUGAAAAUGAAGAAAUACUGGUUUUGUAUGUUUACAUGUGUAUUGGUUACUGUAAUUAAUUCUCAAGAUCAAGAAUACACAAAAUUGGUAAAUUUGGACCAGCAUUGUUUUAGAUGUUUGUGCCGUGCUGCAACGAAUUGCAAUAUGACUUUUGGUUGUGUGCAAGGGUAUUGUGGUCCAUAUAAAAUUAGCAGAAUUUACUGGAUAGAUGCUGGAAGAGUUACUCUACCAGAUGACGAUGUAGAAAGAGCUGGAGCCUAUGAAGAUUGUGCUCUAUCGUUCCACUGUGCGCAACGUAUCGUCUUGAAAUAUUUCUUAAAAUAUGGAAGGGAUUGUAAUGAUGAUGGUGUCACAGACUGCAAUGAUUACUCUAUGAUCAAUUUCAAUGGUGGUCAUGGAUGCAGAGGAGAUUUGAAUAGAAGUGAACCAGGACGAGCCUGGCUCAAGAGAUAUCAUGCUUGUAAUCCUUAUCCUGCAGGACUCUGAUUUUGACAAUUUGCUUUUUAUCUUAGAAAAAUUUGGUAUACCUAUAGCUUUUUCAAUCGAUUCACUCAAAAAGUAUAUUACUUUGAUAAACGAAAAAGUGCUCAGUGACAGCUAUUAAAAUGAUUUUCUAUUCAA